GGACAGCUGGACCAAACGGCUGACGAGCCGGCGCGGAGAUGGCAGAAGGCAGCGCCGUGUCCGACCCUCAGCAUGCAGCGCGUCUGCUGCGAGCGCUCAGCUCUUUCCGCGAGGAGUCCCGCUUUUGCGACGCGCACCUGGUCCUCGACGGGGAGGAGAUCCCCGUCCAGAAAAACAUCCUGGCGGCGGCCAGCCCGUACAUCAGGACAAAGUUAAACUAUAAUCCUCCAAAAGAUGAUGGAUCAACCUAUAAGAUUGAACUUGAAGGGAUAUCGGUAAUGGUUAUGAGAGAGAUCCUGGAUUACAUCUUCAGUGGUCAGAUCCGGCUGAAUGAAGAUACAAUCCAAGAUGUUGUACAGGCAGCGGACCUGCUCCUGCUGACGGAUCUUAAAACUCUGUGCUGUGAGUUUUUGGAAGGCUGCAUCGCCGCUGAGAACUGCAUCGGCAUCCGCGACUUUGCCCUGCACUACUGCCUGCACCAUGUCCAUUACCUAGCCACGGAAUACCUGGAGACUCAUUUCCGAGAUGUCAGCAGCACAGAAGAAUUCUUAGAACUCAGUCCUCAGAAGCUGAAAGAAGUGAUUUCUCUCGAGAAGUUAAAUGUCGGCAACGAAAGAUAUGUGUUUGAAGCAGUAAUUCGAUGGAUAGCGCAUGAUAUGGAGCUAAGAAAGGUCCACAUGAAGGACGUGAUGUCAGCACUGUGGGUUUCAGGGUUAGACUCCAGCUACUUACGGGAACAGAUGCUCAACGAACCAUUAGUACGAGAAAUUGUCAGAGAGUGCAACAACAUACCACUGAGCCAGCCACAGCAGGGGGAGGCCAUGCUCGCAAACUUCAAGCCCCGGGGCUACUCGGAGUGCAUUGUGACUGUUGGCGGAGAAGAAAGAGUUUCACGGAAACCAACAGCAGCGAUGCGAUGUAUGUGCCCUCUUUAUGACCCUAAUAGGCAGCUUUGGAUUGAACUGGCCCCUUUAAGCAUGCCAAGAAUUAACCACGGAGUUCUCUCAGCAGAGGGAUUCUUGUUUGUAUUUGGGGGCCAAGAUGAAAAUAAGCAGACCCUGAGCUCAGGCGAAAAAUACGACCCAGAUGCAAACACAUGGACGGCGUUGCCACCGAUGAAUGAGCCACGACAUAAUUUUGGAAUUGUGGAGAUAGAUGGAAUGCUGUACAUUUUAGGAGGAGAGGAUGGUGAAAAAGAGCUAAUAUCCAUGGAGUGUUACGACAUUUAUUCUAAAACCUGGACAAAGCAACCUGAUUUGACCAUGGUUAGAAAGAUCGGCUGCUACGCGGCUAUGAAAAAGAAAAUCUAUGCCAUGGGUGGAGGGUCGUAUGGAAAACUCUUCGAAUCUGUGGAAUGUUACGACCCGAGGACCCAGCAGUGGACUGCUAUCUGUCCGCUAAAGGAGAGAAGAUUUGGAGCCGUGGCCUGUGGCGUGGCCAUGGAGCUGUACGUGUUUGGGGGAGUCAGAAGUCGUGAGGACAUCCAGGGGAGUGAGAUGGUCACUUGCAAGUCUGAAUUCUACCAUGAUGAGUUUAAAAGGUGGAUCUAUCUUAACGACCAGAACUUAUGCAUCCCCGCCAGUUCCUCUUUUGUUUACGGGGCCAUACCCAUAGGAGCCAGUAUUUACGUUAUCGGAGAUCUUGACACAGGUACCAAUUACGACUACGUGCGUGAAUUUAAAAGAAGCACGGGCACCUGGCACCACACGAAACCACUGCUUCCGUCCGACCUUCGCCGCACUGGGUGUGCAGCCUUACGCAUUGCCAACUGCAAGCUUUUCCGCCUGCAGCUCCAGCAAGGUUUAUUCCGUAUCCGUGUUCAUUCACCUUGAAGAGGAGGCAGAGCAGAAGCAGAGCUCCUGACCAAGCGCACCGUAACACGGCUUUCUGCGAGGGGGACAGAGGUGGCCGCCGAAACUUGCUCUGUGUGCCGGGGUUUGUAAUGGUAACUCUGCUGGUCUUACUCUAAUGCUUAGAAGCCUGAGCUUCCGCUCUCGUUUGGGAGAACCCAUAAAUGUUGAAAAAGCUCUCUUGGAGGAAUCCGUUCCUCCAGUUAGAUGUGUCUGCAGACAAACAGAGGCUAGUCAGUGUCCAAAGGAGAAGGGAAGUGGGAAUCGGUAUCAUGUAAAAUAUUGACGUUAAAGUCUGAAGGUGCAUUUUCCCUGAAGGGAACUCCUAUCUGAGUGACUGCGGUGUUCAAGUACCUGGCUUUGGUAAACAAACAAAAAUCCGUAUAUGCAAAUCAACAUAUCCAAACAUACCAAGAUUGCUUUUCUACUGCACUUGGAAGGAAAUAUCAUGCCUAACCCUGCCCAACAAAUUAAGGUUUGUGCCUAAAAUGUUAGAUUGGACUAUAUGCCAGUUAGUGUCCAUUUACUACUAGUACUGUGUCCGAAGAAUCUUUUUUAAACUAUAUUAUCACGAAUUGAAACUAAGAUAAAAUUUCUCUUUUAUGACAUUCUAUCUUAGUCAUCUAAAGGCUCAAUAAAUCCAUGAGUCAGGUUGCAGCCCUCGUGUGAAUUUAAGGGAAGUUGUUAACUUCUGUGUUAAUUCAGAUACAUCAUGCCAUAAUUUCUGGGGUAGUUCUCUUGGAGUUGUGAGGGAUCUCAUGCAGUGCCAUUCCUCCUUGCAAAUUAUCAGAACCAUUUUAUAAACACGAGGUCAUUAAGCAGAGUAGGAGAUCUUCUAGAAGAAAGACCUAAGUCAGACAAAUCAUAAAGGUCUGCUGUGACUACAGAAACUGUCCAGAUAAAAUAUAUAGGGAUCAAAAACUUCAAUCUGUCCGAAAGCACACAAAGUCCUGUUUACUACUGUUUAGAAUUGAAAACUUGUCUUAGAACGCGCACCUGCGUUAAGAAUCUAGUCUUUGUAGCAGAAUUUUCUCAGUGCUGUUCUCUAGCAAGAGUUUUACACAAAUUACGUUAUAAGUAAAGUUUGGCUGGUAGAAUAAACUACCUCAAUUUAAUUUCAUUCUGUUCAUAGUAGAGCAAAUUCAUCUCUUCCUCCUCCCUCUGCCCUUUUCCCUCACUCCCAUGUCACCCCAUGCUACCCCACUUCCCAUUGGGGGAAAAAGUCUGUCUUUAGUAGCACGUAUCUUGUAAGAUACUUUGUUUUCCAUUCAAAUUAUGCCACCUUAGUGUGCAAUCAGGGACUUCAAAGUGCUUGAUUAUGUCAUAAUUUGAAUUUUAUGCAAUAUCAGAUUUCUAAUCAAUUUAAUACAGAGCUCUUCAUUUCUAAUAGUUUUCUACAGCUUUUUUUUUCCCCCUCUUGGUAAAUGGUUAUAAGAAGCAGUAUUUUGUCUUAAUGAUUAAUAAGUGUAUAAAUAUAUCUUUUGGUUAUAAAUUUGAGAAUAGGAGUUUCUUCUGGAAACUUCCUAGAUGGUAUGCUUGUAUGCUAUUAACAACAUGCAUAUGAAACAUCGGUUAUGUUUCCCCACCCAUGAAUGGAAAAAAAGGGUAACCCCCUCUCUGCAGUUGUUUUUCUUACACCUGUUAGGAGUCAGUACAAUGCUAUAAGAGUUGCUGGAAGAAGGCUUGCCUGUGGGGGUUCUAGAGAGCGUUGUGUGUGGCAGAAGAUCCUAGUAAGAGAAGGCAUGCGGCGUUUGUCUUCUCUGUCAGAGACACUAGGCCACAUUUGCCACACAUUCACGUAAUGCAGUCGAAUUCGAUGUAUAAAGCAAAGCUGACCUUUUUCUUUAUAUUGUGUACCAGUCAGCUGUAGUCUGCACACCUUCCCAGUGAUGCCUGGGAUAUCUUUUCAUCAAAGCAAGCCACGUGGCCACCGCAAAGAAAGCAAACUUCUUUUUCCAAUUAGAUAUUCAUUUUUUAAGGGAAACAAAUUGCUAAAAAAGUGAAUUUUCUUUGGUAACAUAUCCUGUACAGAACAGAACCUUGGCCUUCAGAAGUUGCAGUGACUGAUGUCCUGUGAAAGCCAUGGCGGUCAGCAAUUCUCUCUCUUUAAUUUCUGAAGUUUAAAAUUCUUCCCAGUCUACGCCAGGCCUCUCCAAGGAGACAGUUCAUUGUUUAGGAGUGAAUGGGUCCCUGUUGCAAUAUUUUCAGUGCCUGCAUGACUUGGUCAAUUCAUUUUAUAAAAACAGUUAUUUUUUUAGUUUUUUAUUCAGUUCAUUGACACGGUAGCUGCAGAAAUUAGGUAAUGUUUUUUAAAAUAAAUUUGCCACAUAAUAUGGGAUGCUAUAACCAACAGAAGCUGCUAAGUGCCAAACUGUUAUUUUCCUAUAUAUAAUAUAUAUAUUAAAAUAUUAUGUUGAAGUGUAGGCAUAUAUUUAACUUUAUUGUGUUCCAAAAUUAAUCAUGACUUUUUUUGUAAAUGACAGUUACUUCAGUAUUGUGAAAUAAAUUUUAACUCAUUUCAUGCAGGUUUGUUUUAACAUUCCACUUAUGCCUUGAAACAUCUUUUCUUGAUAAAUUUUUAAUACUUCUUUUUCAUAAGGCACUUUUACCAGGCAUAGGUUGGAACUGGCAGUUGAGGAUAGAUCUUAAAAUUUUAAAUAAAAUACCUUUGGGGGAAGUGCAAUGUAUUUUCAUUAUCCCUCCAACAGAAGGAAAGUUGUCUCAGGUUAGAGUCAGUGAAUACUUAAAGGAUCUCUCCUAGACUGCAGUCUAAAAUAGGCUUGUUUGUUUGUGUGUUUAACGCAUCCAAAUACAGAUUUUUCGAAGAGGUGUUUAAUUUAAAAUGAAGUGUUUUUUGUGAGUGUGUGAGAGUGCUUGUAUCCUGUGAGAGGGAAAAGUGUGAGAGAGGGAGAGAAUGUGUGUGUGCUAUUGUGAUUCGGUAUAUAUGUUUACUUUUUCAAUUGUAGUUCCAGACUACAUACAUUACUGUCUCCUGGUGCUUCGGAUAAACUCUUGAGCCCGUGGCCCUUCAGUUUAUACUACUGUGUUAAACUCACAUCGGGUAACAAUAUUCAUAGAGUUGUAGUUUGUAGGAGGUUUUACUUGGUGUUUGCAUUUCUUUAGUGAGAUUAAAAACAGUGUUUACCAACUAGUAUAGUUGGUAGGCUAUAAAGAUUUGGCCCAAGAAAUGUUUUAAUUCAUUGUUUCUUUCAUAAGUUCUUUAUUUCAUUGCUGUGAGGAACUGAUAGCUAACAGUAGGCUUUGCUCAAACUGCGACAACCAAAAAAGAGUCUUUGGGCGGUGAUGGAUGGUAUACUCUUUGUACUGAAGUGUCUUGUUGUAUCGCCACUUCAACGAUGAUUUGAAGGUGCCAUUUUUAUAAUUUAUAACGGGGUAGGUUCUCUAGGUAGCAUACAGGAAGCACGUCCUUAUAUUGACCUGGGAGAGAUAGGGCUGUCUUUGCUGUGGUGCCUCAUUACACAUGGUAGUAAGUUAGGUUUUUAGAGAAAUUCUUUAACUGCCUUGGUCAAUUGGGGUUCCAUUUGGUGCAUUCUUACCUACUUCAGUGUACCAAACCAAAAAGUUUUCCAAGGAGUGCUAAAAACACUGCAGUAUUUAUUACCUUAUUGCUGGCCUGCUUGAUUCCAGAGGAGAGCCUCCUGUAGUCAGAUGAAGACAUUUGAUUAUCUGGGGAAAGAAUGAGGUGGCACUUGGCAUGGAUUUAAAAGGUGCUGGAACCCCCUUUAAAAGCACCUGGUGGGAGAGAAGGGUGAGACUGCCUUAUUCUGUGGCUGCCCCUCACAUAUUUGAGCCUUUGGGGAGCCAGGGAGAGAGAAGACUCUGAUUAGUGCAGAAAAGCUGCCCUGGGUUUAAUCAGCAAAUGCUUCUAGAGCACCCAUCAAGAAUUCUGUUUGGAUUUCUGGGGAGCUGUCACGCUGCCCUCUCUCUAGAUCAUAAACUCCUUGUGGGCAGCGACCCUGUCUUGGCCAUCUGGUAAUCCCAGUGCUUGGCGCAUAGCAGGUAGUCAGUAAAUGGUGGGCCACCGCAUACAGUACCCUUGUAAUCAAAGCGAUGUUCUUCACAGGAUUGAGAAGUCCUCUCCAUGACCGACUUAUUCUGCUUGAUUUUAAAUGAGAAACUUUAUACACAGAUGGGCUGGUCUCAUAGAGUAAGAAAUUAGUACAGAAUAAAAAAUGCAAAGUGCCUGACAUAUGGACACAGACCUCUGUGGUAUUGAUAUGUUCUGUACGAUUUGAGGGACCGUAUCCUCAGCACACCUAAUGCCAUUUAUCACAUUUAACGUUGGGUUUUAUUUAUGGUUUUUUAUAUGUGGCUCCAAGCCUUUUCCGGAACAUACUGCUUUGAUCCUCACGUCUCCGUGAUGGGUGCAGCGCCCCCCGCCCUUAGAAGAGCAGUCUCUGAGGCCCAGUAGAUGUGGCCCCGUUUCCCACCUCACAUGUGAGUAGAAACCAGAAGCAGAAUCCGGGUCUUUGUAUUACCAUUUCACUGUUCAGCCUCUCAGACUCCCACUUAAUUUUCUAGGCAUACAAGUAUUUUUAGUCAUAGAAUAAUCAUUUGUGGUACAACUUAAGCCCCCAAACAUGUCCUUCACAAGUUACACAGAUAUAAACUGAAAGAUCUUUGGUUUUCUUUGUCAGUUAGCUAUAGGAAAUUUAAGAAUUUAUUAAGGUCGUAAGAACAGAAAUACUAAGUAUUUGUGUUCGGCAGAGAAGUACUUUUUCCUUUUAAAGAUCUAAAGCUUCAUUUAUAUUGCUUUUCUUGCCACAUCUAAUUAGGGAAAAAAGAUUGUGUCUAGAAUGUUGGAGAAAGUAUUUUGCUAGCUUUCUAAUAGCCCUUGAAGUACUCUUUCUAGCCAGUUGAGAAAUUACAGAAUGUAGGUAUAAAAUUGAGGGAUGACCCACUUGCCCAUAGUGGAGAAGAACAUGGAAUCAGGGUGAGGUUUCGCUGCCUGCUGGUGAUAAAGUCAGUAGCAUUGAAAUAGACACUUCUGCUACUGUUUUGGCAAGCCAACUGGUAAAACUUGUAAAACUUUUGUAUUUUUCGGAAGUGGUUCUAUUUUAAAUCUUAAAUCUAUCUCAGCCUUGUCUCAUGGCCAUCCUUGUGUUUACGUGACAUCUGAGGAACUCAGUUAUGCCUCUGUGUUCUUUGGUCUAAGCGCACACAGUUGAGGAAGGUUUGUUUGCCUUCCAUACUGUCGCUGAAGUUCUCUGAGUGACUGGGUCUUUAAACUUCUCCCCUUCCUCAUCACAUCGCAUAUGUGAUAAAUAAAACAGCAUUGCAUAAUUACCUAGGGGGAAAGACCUGUCGCCUUCUCUUUUCUUUUUCUUUCUUUUUUUUUUUUUUUUGAGAUAAAAACUUAAUACUUUAAAAUUGCUGCUCAGCCAAAACUUAGGCUAAUUAUAGUUUUCAAUAUUGAUGUCCUCGUGGCCCAACAAAGCUGCUGUAAAUUCUUCAAGUCACUGUGAUGUGCAUUAGAGAAGUUAGAAGCCAGAGGAGGAAGGCAGCCCACACGGCCUGGGUGUGCGCUGCCUUCACAUCAGGCCGUUCCCAUGACCCGUAUGAAUAUGUGGCCACUUCAGAUCAUUCAGACCCCAAGCAGAUGCAGGUUCAACUUUCCUUCUGGUCGGCAAAUUAUAUUUAUUAGACCUUUAUUUUUUAGCAAUUCCAUACAAAUGAUGGGUUUUAAAAUACCUUAUUUUUAUUGUUCCUACUCCUCAUUACAAGUAAGGCAUACGUUAGAGCCUUGGGUUGCAUUUUUUCCGGUCAGACCUGUGAACUUGGUAUAAAUAUGACUAUACGUAGCUCUCUUUAUCAUGUUUCCUGUUUAAUUGGAUGAGAAUUGCAUGCACUUAUUCCCUUGUUCUUUUUGUUUAUAGGAAAAGCUCUGUUCUCGGCUACCUCAUUAUGUAGUGUUGUGCUUGAUCCUCUGCCAAUUUAGGAGAAUUCAACACAUUCUGUCCUUUAACAAAAGUCUGGAAGCAAGCAGCGGGCGGCCUUGAGGAAUACAAUUCUCUAAGGCAUAUUUUCCAUUUUACUACUUUUUUUUUUUUUAAAUAGGCACUUUUAAUCAGGAGGAACAAUCAUUCUCCUAGAGCUGCUGCAAAGUGAUUACUUGAAACUCAACUUGAACUUUCUUUAAAGAGUCUUUAAAAGACUAUGUUUUCAUAACGUAGAAAAGUAGUAUAUUUAAAACAACACUGCUACGUAAAACAGAGGGCUUACUCCCCAUCCUGUUAGGAUCAGACAGGAGAAGGUGUCUAUGUGGACUCUAACCCAGCGUUUGGAGUUUAGAUGCUUGGGGCUACUGUGUUUCAUUGUCAACAAGGUGCUACUGUGAGUGGUUUAAGGAGCUAUUUAAGAGUGUUUUCAUGAAUUUUUUUCCCCAAGAAUCUUUAAUUUUGAUGAAAAUAGGGGCUUAUUAGUAGAUUCCUCUUCUCUUUCGGUUCUGAUAAUCUAGGGUUUUAAAAUGAAAUCUGAAAGUGUUUCCUAAGUACAGGGUUGAGGUUGACCAAACAGCACGGAAUGGCAUUAUACUUAAAGUCAUUGAGUGAUUGGAUUUGUUCUGAGCAUCAGUGGAACGUGCCUUCUCCACGUGGCUCUGUCCUCGCCAGCGUCUGUUAGCUUCCCUGGUCAGUCAGUUAGGGGGAGCCGUGAGGCCCACCGAUUCCUGCAGUCAGACCUUCCCUUCCCAGAGUUGUUGCACACGGGAAUCACCCAGCAUCCCCAGUGCCCAAAAGAGUUAUGUCCGUUCCUAAAAACCUAGUGUACUGGGAAUAGCUUAGGGACCAGGUAAAACCUAACAACAGAACUGUCACUGUGCUCUCACAUAACCUAGUUUUCCAGCCUGUACUUUUUAGAGCAAAAGGCAGAGUUUCUCCCCAUAUGACAGUACGUCAGCACCACGUGGGGCUGGCAGCAGGCAUGAGACAUUUCCCUAAGUGGUUUCCAAGAGAACCUAAACUUACCGCCUUAGAGCCCCAACCUUUUUAUUUCAGUUAUUGUGAGGAAAACGUGUGUAAAUACUGUGUACUUUCCCAAGCAAACCCAGUAGCUACAAGCAUGCGCGGGCCGUGGUGCCAGGUGCAGGUGGGUCAAAGACUAGUACCACAGAAUGUGACCUUCAGGAGCCCUUCAUCCCUGAAGAUCAGAGAUGUAAUGAAGGUGAGAACACAGGCCCGCCGUGGUUGAGCCGUAACCACUGCCUCCGUGGCCGCUGAUUGUGUGAGCCCCGGGGUGGGGGGACGUCACUGCCCUCGCUGCGUGUCCUGGCCUUUGCACUUCCCCAUUCAAACGUCUGCUGCCACAAGGUCUAUAAGUAAAUGGAUAUAUAUGUUGAUAAAAUGAUUUACUUUCUAGACCCGUGCCACUGCUCUCCUUCCGCUGCUCUGAUAUUUGAAUUCAGGAUGAUUGUAUAGAGCUGAACCAUCCCAUAAUACGUGCUUGGAGUAUUUAGAGUUGUUUUAAAUAACCCUCAAUUCAGAAUUUGCCUAAUGAAGCCUUCUAAUAAUACUUAGAACUCUUUACCAAAGUUGAAUCUUUCUUUUUCCCCUAAGAUGUCACAAGUAGCAACCUAUACUAGUCAAAUAAACUGGAGAUAUUUUAGAUCUUGGUUUGAGAUCAUUAUACCUAUUCUCUCUUAACUUGGAUGCUAUGUGAAACUUAAGCCAACAAACAAAAUUUGUGUUACAAAUGUGUGUGUGUGUGUAGAACUUUUGCACCUUUAGAUAAAGUAGGGUUAUUUAAGAAAAUGAUACGGAAAGUGAGCUCCUUAACCCUUCCAUACAGUCACUUCCUCUCCGGUUCCCACCGUGGGACUGGCAGAUGUGGCAGCAUGAAAGACAUUCUGUAAAGUCAUUCUCACGCUCUCUCUGUGAAUAAGAAAAGGAAGGAGAAACAGGGCUGACCAUGCUGAGAACUGGACGGAACAGCUGUGCCAGAAGCGCUGCCGCGAACGGCCGUAGGUGUUGUGGCUAUUUGUAACGCUUUUCUUAGUGACCUGUAUAAAAAAUCUAGAAGGCCGAGAAAAGUGCUGGGAGGGAUUAAGUGUUGGGUGUGAGGGUCCACAGCACCGUGACAAUCUAAUAAAUGGCUAAACAGAGAGUCUUACAUCCAGGUUCAGAAAAGAUAGUUUCUAAAUGAAAAAGAAGAAAAAAGGGGUGGGGCGGGAAGUCACCGAUAAUUUGAACCUAAGCCAACUGUUUAAAAACAAGAAUAGGGGGGCGCCUGGGUGGCACAGCGGUUAAGCGUCUGCCUUCGGCUCAGGGCGUGAUCCCAGUGUUAUGGGAUCGAGCCCCACGUCGGGCUCCUCUGCUGUGAGCCUGC